CGUGCGCGAGCAUGUUCACGACGAUAAAUCCCGAAUCGCAAAAAUGCUUGAAAUAGUUUAUUUUAUUUAUUAAACAUUUUUAGAUUUAAAUGAUUAUCAACUAUGAAUAUUCAAAAACGAUUGAAAAAUUUUAAAUAACUUCACAUGGCAAGUAUGCAUUCUGCAUGUUCUCAGUGUCAAUCACAAAAUCAUGAAAUACAAGAUUGCCCAUUCUUUAAAGUUACUUCAAAAUUUGCCAACUCUGAUAACGAAUCCAAAAAGAAUAAGAGUAACUAUGAUAUCCCUAUCUAUGAUACUCACUGUCAUAUUGAUUAUGUGUUUAAGAGAUUAAAACAUCAUAAUUUAUGUUUUAAGGACUUUAAGGAAUCUCAUUUCUUCCCAUCAAAUUUUAAAGGUUGUAUAGGGUCAUUUAGUGAUGUUUCUGUUUAUAACAACUGUAGUGCUUGGUUAGAUCUACUCUGUCAAGAUGGUAUUUGGGGAUCGUUUGGUUUACAUCCGCAUCAAGCAAAGUAUUUUACAGAUCAUAUUUAUGAAACUAUGCUUCAAUGUUUAAAGCAUCCAAAAGCUGUUGCUGUUGGUGAGUGUGGUUUAGAUUUGUCACGAUCCAAUCCAUUAUCAACUUACUCUGAUCAGAAAUCAGUUUUUAUAAAACAACUUCAAAUAGCAAAGCAGACUAAUAAACCUAUUGUUGUACAUUCACGGGAUGCUGAAGACCAUGUGUACCAAAUUUUAUGUGAUGAGGAUAUGAGAGAAUGGCCAAUUCAUAUACAUUGCUUUACAGGGAACUGUUCACACCUGCAUCGUUUUGUAAAUGAGUUUCCAAACAUGUUUUUUGGUUUUACAAAUCUAAUUUCUUAUUCUACAGCAAAAGUUACACAUGAAGUUGUUAAAUGUGUUCCAUUGGACAGAAUAUUAUUAGAAACUGAUGCUCCCUAUUUUGUUCCCAAAAAGCUUAAAAAUAAAUGUAGAUUCAGUCACCCAGGUAAUGUUUUAUUCGUGGCAGAGGAAAUUGCACUUAUUAAAAACAAAGAUAUACAUAUCAUAUUGGAUAAUUGCCUCAGAAAUGUUGAAAAGCUUUUUAAAAUAUAAGAUUAAAAAAAUGAUCAUUUAUAUGACAAAGUAAUUUAUAAAACUGGUUUCAUUAUUGUUCAGUUUUUGUUUUUAUUAAAUAAAUUCUCUUUUUUUUACCAAUUACAAAUUUUAUAUUUUGUAAAAAUAAUAUUUUACUUGAUUAGAAAAUUUUAAAUUAUAGAUGUAGCAUAAUGUAAUUAGAAAUUGAUACUUAUUUGUGUAUAUAUUAUUAAUUGAUAGUUAUUAAUUGUAUACCUUAUUAUUUAUACAUAUUUUAGUUUAAGGGUAGAUGUAUAAAGUAUAUAGAUGUUUCUUAAUAAUAUAAAAUUUGUUUUUA